UAUACAGAAUUCGGUUAUUGAUCAUUUGGCCCUCUUUAAACAUUGAUAGCCGGUCAUUAAUAAUGCCAAUUUUAUUAGUUUGUUAAUCUUUACAUGAAUGUGAUUUAGUUAAAAAAACAUUUAUAAUGUUGCAUUCUAUCAGAGUUGGGUUACAGUUGAAAAAAUUAGCUCAUUGUUUGUUUACACCAGCUAUAAGAUGCAAUGCAACAUUUGAUGGCUGGAGAGAUUGGAAACGUUUUGAUCCCGAAGGCUCUUCAAUUACUUCUUUUGAUUAUAUCGAACGUGAUUAUUAUUUAAGUCCCGAGAAACGUGAGGAAGUUGUUGACAAUAUUCGUAAAAGGAGGCUGAAAAAUCUCGUCCAAGGAUUGGAAAAAUGUUCCAAUGAUGAAGAAAUUGUUAAGUUGCUGGAAGCCAAUGUUAACCAUCUACCUAACAAAUUGGAUGAAAGGUGGAUUGACUAUAAAGCUGGAUCUAAUAUUGAAGAUUUUAUUGUAGAAGAGUUUGGAUUAGCCCUUAUGGUCGAAGAAGAUAAAAUUAAGAAAGCCUUAAAUAUUGCCAAUAAACUGGGAAUAAUACAGACAAGUAAAUUUGAUAGUGUUGGUGUCGUCACAAGUACACGAAGCUAUGCUUUGCUCGCCGAAUUAGCUCAACUUCACCAAGCAUUAAUAGAUUGGACUAUGGAUGAAUUAAUCAGUCGAUUUGAUUUUACACCAGUAAUUGUACCUAAUAUUGUCUAUGAGGAUGCUAUUAUUGGAUGUGGUUAUCAACCUAGAGGACGAGCUACUCAGGUUUAUAAACUUUUGGGACCUAGUCAAGAUAAACCUUGGACACGAGAUCAACAAGAUACAUUUGAUGGUGAUGUUUGUUUAGCUGGUACAUCAGAAAUUCCUUUGACAGGUCUUCAUGUGGGUGCAACAUUCAAUGAAGAUGAGUUGCCUAAAAAAUAUUGUACUGUUAGCCGAUGUUACCGUGCGGAAAUCUCCAAAGUCAAAACAGAAACAGGAAUUUAUCGAGUUCCUUACUUUUCUAAAGUAGAAAUGUAUUCUUUAACACGGGAAGAAGAUAGCUCUGAAAUGUUAUUUGAAUUUAUGCAAAUUCAAAAACAUCUAAUGUCCCUACUUAAUUUCAAGUGCCGUGUCAUUGAUAUGCCACCAGAAGAAUUAGGAUUAUCUGCUACCCGUAAAUUCGACAUCCAAGUUUAUCUUCCUGGAUCAAAAAUGUGGGGUGAAGUUUCAUCUGCCUCGAAUUGUACAGACUACCAAAGCCGUCGGUUCAAUAUAAAAUACAAAGUUUUGCAACCAGAUUAUGAAACUAACGAGCCAUUUGUCAACAAAUUUGCUCAUACCAUCAAUGCAACAGCUUGUGCCUUACCUAGAAUCUUAUUAGCAAUUAUCGAGUAUGGACAGAACCAAGAUGGUGCCAUAAUUAUCCCCCCAGUUCUCCGUAAUUAUAUGAAUGGAAAAGAGUUAAUCGAUACAAAUCGACAUUUGUUUACAAGAUGAUUUUAUUCUCGACUUUUUUAUUUGUUUUGUUUAUCAACUUGUACCAAAUGUUAAAUGGUUGAAUGAGUUGGUCGAUUUUUUUGGCAAUUUCACUUGUCCUCCUGUUUUUGAUCGCCAUUUACUCCCAAAUCGGAUAAAUCUCAAUCCAUCUUGAUUGGAAAAUAGUCACUCUAUCAUUCAGGUACAUCAAUUCAUCUUUUUGGUAUGUUUAGGAAACACGUUUUGUUCCUGCCCUUGGCCUCAUUUCACCUAAUCUUGUCACUUACCUCAAAAUGUUUGAUAUCAGUAUCAAUAAAUAAUUACAGAAUCAUUAAUGCUAAUGAAUCAACUUUAUUCAAGCAA